GACACCAAGAAAUUGUCAUCAGCUUAAUUAAAAUAUCAAAAUCUUUAGUAAAGUUAUAGAUUCGAUACCAAAUUUGGUUAGCGAUAAUUUGCAUGUGUAAUAUUUUGUUCCAUCGGUGCAGCAGCAAAAUAAUUCCCAUGUUUAAAGUUACGAAUGUAUGAUCCAUAUUAAACCUGCCAGUUGCUGGCGGCUGAACAGCAACUGUCAACAGCAGCAGCAUGCCUUGCCACGAAACCUUUGGGUGAAGGGCAUUUGUAAAACUAAAUAUAACAGGACUUAACAUCCUUUUCACCUUAAUUAUCAUGCAUAGGGAGGGAGUUAGGAGACUGUCAAACUAGAUUUAGUUAAGAAAUCUUCUUUAGCUAUGUUGAAAUACAAGGUCGUUAUAAAUGAUUCAGUAAUGAUGAUAAUAAUCUAUCUAUCUAUAUACCAGGCCACCAAUGCCACACAAGGUUUGCUCUGUGGCAGGGACUAAAAAUAUUGCCACUAUUCCGUGUAUGUUGUACGAGGCAACUAAAAGGGAUGGAACGAAGGUGCUAUAUAAACUCCCCUCUCUCUAUGGUAUCCUAGAAACAGGGAAAUAAAAUAAAAGGCUACAUGAUGAUGAUGAUGAUAAUUAUGAUAAUAAUAAUAAUAAUAAUAAUAAUAAUAAUAAUAAUAACAAUAACAACAACAACAACAUUUGAAAUGAGAUGUUUACACCAGUUUUUUUUCUUCAAGACUCAGGAAAUAUAUUUCUUAACAAUAGGAUGAAUAUAACAUUAUUCUCAUUUUUUUUUUUCAGCAGAAACUUGAAAACCAACCUGUAAACUAGCUUCAUAAUAAAAUAAUAGUGCAAAUGUUUAACAUAUAUUUUUAUUAGCAGCUCCUUUAAAGAAAAAGAAAGAAAAAAAAUUUGCUCAGUAAUUAUUUGGUGUGCAUGAAGUGAAUCGAACAUUUUUCCUGUAAUUUGUCAUUACUGUACCAUCAAAAAAUCAUUAAGCUAAUUAUGAGAUAUAUCAAGUAAUUUUUUCACAUAAAUCUGUUGUUAAUGAAACCUUAAAAGUAAUUCAGUAAUUGCAGAAUAACAAAUUUGGCCCCUCAUUUGCUCCUUAACAGAGACUCAACAAAUAAAGAUAAUACUAACCAGUUUUUUAACACUAGUUCUCUCCCGGGAGGCUCUCAAAAGCCUACCAAUACAAUGAUUAGGAAUUGAUAACUAAGUAAUAAAGAUAUUUUCUCAACAGAUGUUUUUCUUUCCUGACAAAAACAAUAAUGUGAGAUGAGCAGUGAUGGAGUCAGAGGGCUUCCAGCUGGUGAAGAAGAAGAAAGCUGCCAGGCCCAGGAGCAAACAGGUGAUCCAGGAUGUAGUCUAUUCACCCCAACACAGCAAGAGUGAAUGCCUAGACAAAAUACAAUUAGCAAGACAAAUAAUUGAAACAAGUGAAGGCCACUCCAGUCUUAAGAAGAAUUUGGAUAGUAUAGAAAAAGAACUAAACACUGUUCUUACUCCUCACCAAAACAUCAAAGUGUCUGGCAUUGUGUGCUAUGGCUUGGGACAACUUUCAAGUAGUAGAAUUGCCAGGUAUCAAGGUGCCCUGUUGCUUAUUCUCAAGGACCACUUCCAAGUUCCUGCUGAAGUUUAUGACCCAAUCUUUUCAGCAGUGGAUGUUGAAGUGUUGGAGGUAUUUGAUAUUAAGGUUUUAAAUAGAAACGAGGAAGGAAAGAGGAAAGUAGUGGAGACUACGCUGUUCUUCCUGCCACACUGUGGGAAGGAACUAUACAAUAAUUUGCUUUGGACCAAUUGGAAUCCCUCAUUAUUAUCACGUUGUGUCAUUGUUGGUAACAGCUUCAGUACCAUAGUGCAAAAUGUUCCUACUAGAACACUGAAAGAGCAUUAUAUGUUCAUAUAUCAAGCACAGGACAUGUUUAAAGAACUACCUCUUACGUCACUAGUUGAUUAUGAUGAUGUGUUCAAUGAUGUGAACAUUCAUAUUCCAUGUCACAACAUUUUAAACAAGUCUCCAGAAUUCUGGCUUGAAAACAAGGAACCAAAGUAUGAAAAUUGUGAUGUUGAAAUUGUCAGGAAGAAAAUGAGUGAAAUUAAGUUCUGAGUUAAGAAUCAUGAAAACUAACAUUGUCCUUUAUGUCUUUUAUCUUGAACUUUGCUUGGUUUUAAGCAGGUGUUGGAUUGUUUGGUCACAGGAGUGUCAUAAUGGCUCUUUUAUUGUUGGCAAUAUGAAUGAGUGUCACUCUUGGCUUGCUUGUGAUGACAUCAGACAUUUGGAUGUUGGAGAACUGAUAGGAUUUGGUGCUGUCAAACAUGUGUAUCAAACAUCAUGGCAGAAUAACACAAUGGCAGUAGCUUUCCUUAAUAACAACAAUUAUUCAGCUGACUUUCUCUUUGGCAUAGAAGUAUUGAAACAAUUAGGAUGGAGCAAAUAUAUAGUGCAGCUGAUUGGGUUUUGUGAGGAAGUCCCAGUAUUCCUAACUGAGUAUCAUCCUGCAGGCAGUAGUGUUAAUGUGGACAUUAUAUUUGGGAACGACUCUCACAGCCUGAGUCAAAGAUUCCAGUUGUGUAUUGAUUACGUAAAGAUACUUGCCUUUCUGCAUGACAGCCCAGCAGGUCCUCUGAUGAUGUGCGACUCCAGUACGCUUGUCAAGACGUUGGAACAGUACCUCCUCACUACCUCCGGGAACCUCGUGCUGAAUGACGUGGAUUCUUUGGCAAAGGUGAUGGAAGGUGGUACUGUAUGCGGCCACCGGGAACUAAAAGGUGAUUUUGUGGCACCGGAGCAGAAAUGGCCAUUUGAUGGAGAUGAAUACAGGACUGAAAGGAUGCCGCCAUACAGUGAAAAGGCAGACGUUUGGAAGAUACCGCCAGUGUGUAGUUUUUUCUUGGGCAAGAGUGACGGAGCCCGGGCACUCCAUUACCACUUACACAACAUGCACAGGAGGUGCCGGGAGAAGGAACCACACAGAAGGCCCAGUGCCCGCGAGUUGUUGCGGGCUUACGAAACGUUAAAUUGGUCAUAUUUCGGGAAGAAAGCUGAGGAAAAGGAAGAACUUUGAGAAGCUGAAGUGUCAACCCUUCAACAAAUCAAUUUCCAUACGCUAUUGGUAUUAAACAUUCAAAUAAAAUAUACUUUCAUA